UGUUGAAAAUAAAAUAAAAUUCACUCUCCAGUGCUGCCGCGCAUGCUUUGAAACACUUUUAAAGUUUAUAACCUCAAAGAAUAGUUCGUGUGUGGUGUCUUGAUAAACAUUAUCGAACAAUAAUUAAUAAACAAUGUCCUUAAUUUUAAAUAAUUUGUCAAAAGCCCUGCAGCUAAAAACGCUUCAAAGAUCAAUUCAUGUGACAGCAGCGGUUGAAAAAUGUCGAGCAGGUCGUUACAGACCAACAAUGAAACGCACCAGAGCGCUGACUUACGAGAUGGCGCAAAAACCGUUUCAGCUUGUCAUGAGAAAAUCUUGGAACGUUUGGAACACCUCAAACAUCAAGGAUGGCAACAGACCCGCAGAAACAGCAGUGGAGGAUGAAUUCAUCCGGAGAUUCAUGGGUGGUACCUUUCACAACAUUUUCGUAUCUGAACUAAUCAUAAAACGGCAGCAUAAUAUCAUUAGGAUUGCUGGUAUAAUUGAUCGGAAAAUUUUGCCUAGAAAAAUAUACUUUUUAACUGGAUUUAGCCAGGAAUUACUUAGCUACUGGCUUCAGUGCCCGGUUAAACUGGAACUUCAAUCUGUUCCUACCAAAGAAGAUAUGGUAUUCAAGUAUAUUUAAUGUAAUUAAUCUUUUUAUCGUUAAAUUUGUAUUAUAUAAUUUGUAAUAAAUAAUAAAUUAAGUAA